AUGAAGCUCUUCAACUCCAACAGUCACAUGACUGCCAUUGCAACUACCAUGUUGGCUGCAACUUCUUUCGCUCAACUUAGUAUUCUCUUUGGUGCAUUCAUUGACAUUAAUAUUGGUCUUCCAACUCCACUUCCACCUGCUGAAGUUCAUUGGUGUGACAAAUUCGAAGUUUAUUCCUCAGGAAAGGCUCCUCAAAAGAGAGACACCCUUGAUCUUGAAGAAAAAGACCUUAGUGCUAGUCUUGUCUUGAAGGCUGACUUUGUUGUUUCUGAUGUCUUACCUGUUCUUGAUGAUGUCUACAGAAUUGUUGGUAACUUUGAAACUACUGAUGCAGAUGCUGUCAACAAGGCUCUUGCUCCAGCCUUGGAUAAAAUUGUUGUUUCAAACACUGGUGUUGGCUCUGGUAGCCAAAUCCUUACUUCCAAGGCUGACGUCCAACUUGAUAACAUUGCCAAGUUUUCUUUCGCCUUAGACAUUUCUGUUCUGAGACAACCAAACAACAUCUGUUGUUUGCCUGACGACUUCAAUUUGGCUUACCACUGGAUCCCUAAGGCAAAGAGAGGAUUAGACUUGGAUUUGGAUGUUGACCUUGGUCUUUUCGCUGAUGUUUCUCUUUACACCCUUGCAGUUCCAUCCUUAGCUGACUUACUCCCAAUCAAUCCAUCAGACUUUUUGCACAAAAGAGAUGCUAUUGAAUAUUCAGACAUGAGUGGUGAACUCUACAGCAAGAGAGAUAUUAACAUCAGUAUUGACCUUGCAGCCCAAUUGAAGCUUUGGUCUACUACUGACAACGUUUUACCAAACUUCUGUUUCCCAUGUAACUGUCCAACUUCUCUGUCAAGCGCCGUUUCAUCAGCUUCCAGUACCGUUUCUGAACCAGCAUCUUCUAGCCCCGUUACCGAAACUGGUGCUUCAUCCGCCGAAACCACUCCAGCCUCCAGCGAAACCACCGGUGAAUCCUCCUCUACCGGUAGCUCUGUGACUGACUUAUCCAGUGUUAUUUCCACCACCAGCGCAGUUGUCAGCUCCAACACCGGAGAUGUCUCUUCCGCUACUGCUUCUUCUACAUCUGGCGAUGAUGCUUCAGCUUCAGCUUCAUCUGCUUCUGGUGAUGACUCUUCUGCUACUGCUUCUUCCGCUUCUGGUGACAUUUCUUCUGCCACUGCUUCUGGUGAUGACUCUUCUGCUACUGUUUCUUCCGCUUCUGGUGACAUUUCUUCUGCUACCGCUUCUGGUGAUGAAUCUUCCGCUACCGCUUCUGGUGAUGAAUCUUCUGCUACCGCUUCUGGUGAUGACUCUUCCGCUACUGCUUCCGGUGAUGAAUCUUCUGUUACCGCUUCUGGUGACGGUUCUUCUACUACCUCCACAUCUUUAGCAGCCGACGCUUCUCAAGCAAAGGGUGGAAUUAGCACUGAAACUGCUUAUGGCACAACUGUUGUUACUAUCACUUCAUGCCUGGACCAUGUUUGCACUAAGGUUACCCAACCUGUUCAAAUAAUUGUCACUACAAAUGAAUCCACUUCCUACACCACCUACUGUCCUAUUUCUACCACCUCUGCAGAAGAAGCUGGCGCCGCUCCAACCAGCACUCCAGCUACCACCGAACCAGCUACAUCUACUGCAUUGGCACCAGCUUCCACUGAAGCUGUACCAGUUGUGGCUGAAUCCUCCACUGAAGCCGCACCAAUUGUCUCUGAGUCCUCCACUGUCGCUCCAGCAGUUGUUCCUGAAACUUCCAAGAUUUCCACCACUCAAAUUACCCUUACUAACUCUGGAAGUGCUACUUCUGGUCCUGAAAGUUCCCUGGCUGGUCCUCACGGUUCCGCUCCUGAUGUUGCAACUCUUUCCGAAGGUAUGUCAAACAAGGUCACUGGCUCCUUGGCUUCCAUUCUUGCUAUCAUGGGUGUUUUCAUGCUUUAA